AUGAAUGGCGAUACUUUCAUGUCCAAUGCAGACGACACUGCAGCCGAUCACAGAAUGCAAGGCAUGGUCCCCACCUACGCCAAAGUUCUGUAUUCACGCCGAUCCUCGUCUCGAUUAUGUCGAAUCGCUCCCAUGACUCCAGACCCUAGAUUGCAUGCGUACCACAUCCCACGGAAAGGAGACCCGCUCCUGAUCCCAAAGAAGCCUAUGCGUUCAUAUAACCCUUACGAUGCAAAGGUACUUAGACGCAUUUGCAGAAAGGCCGAGAGUAGGAAACGUGCUCUUGAAGAAUUUGAGGGGCGUGAACCUAAACGUCGACGCAUUACCGGCGUGACUGCACACCCUGAAGCCCCAGAAAUUGUGCCAGAAACCAGCGCUCAAGUCAUCACAGAAGCCGGCCAUGGAGUCGUGCCACAAGUGACUGAAGAAGACCAUCCGACAGCCCCUUUGGAGGCCCCACUUCCUCAACCUGAAAGUGAGCAUGAUGGGAAUACCGAUACACAUGUCCACUCGGCCCCUGGCCUAUUCAGAGCCGCCCAUCUAGCUAUGCAACAGUGUGUUAGGUCUGGUGUGCAGAUGGCUACGACGCUUCGGCGUCACUUUGCAAGGAGUGAUGAAGCCCGAGAGACCACACACGCGGACUACGACGAUGAAGGUGAUUUGGCUAUUAGUGCUCAGUUGCAGGCUGAGCUGACUGAGAAUAUUACUCAUUUGUCUUCGCUUUCCGCUAUCAUUCCCUCAUUCGAUGACCAAGCUGCUGCUCAGCUGCAAGCUGAACUUACUGCCCACGCUGCCUCAUUCCCCGCCGUCGUUUUUCCACCACCCAUAAUCUCCACGAAUGCUGCUAACUUGCCGCCUCAAGAUCAAGCCAUGGUUAACCAAGAUGCCAUGACUUCUGAAGGCGUCUUACGUCCAGCAGAGGAUCUAGCACAGGAAGUACCGGAGGUUGCCAUUCCAGAAGCGGAGGCAUCCGCCGCUGCCAAUGAGGAGUCUGACGCCCAAGAGAUUCGCGCGGCCAUGUCUAAUUCCAGCGAAGGCUCAAGUAUCAAUGCGCUAUUUUACACCCGGGAGUUUAGACGCUUUCGCCCUUGCCCGUUAAUCACUGAGCCCCCUCCUCCACUGUCGCUAGGUCAACGUUCUAGGGUCAUACGUGGGCGUACUCACAGCUACUUCAUAGCUCCCGAUGCAGAUGUGGACGAGGCCGAGCUCGCUCGUCAACUAGAAGCGGAAGAACGAGGUGAAAUCUACACGGCCGCGGAACCGGAAGCCCCAACCCCAGCUGGCAUGGAAGAUGUCCAGGAUAUCGCUCCGCAGCAAGAGGGCAUCGAUCAACAGCCUGUCGAUGAAACAGUUGCUUCUCAAAUACCGACUGAAGAAGCACCAGAGCCCGAGCCCCAGCUCGAGGCAGAGGAACUCGAUGGUGAAAAUGCUGAAGGAGAAGAAGAAGGUGGGGAUGAUGAAUGGCGGUAUCGGAUAGGUGUUCCGCCCUUGAUGCCUUGGAUGCGGAGACGACGCAUUCGACGUGUCGCUCUAGUUGCUCCAGCAAUUCCUGAACGACCCGUUGCUCCGGCAGCUCCUGCACGUCCCAUCGCCCAGGCUGUACCAUCCGUGCCCGUAUUCCCUGCUCCUAUUGUUCUCGCGCCUGCUACUCAUGCGGCUAGGUCUGCUCCGGUUACUCCGGCUCGGCCUCAACGCGAGCUUGAAACAGAAGUUGAAGAAACUGCAAAUCAGUUGGCUGCUACUACAGUUGCCGAAGAGGGACAUGUAUCUCCUCCAGUAGACAGCGACCCCACUGGUCGUAGCAUUAGCUGGCUAAGAGGCGAGACCCCUCUUGGAAGGCCUGUUUCUGCCGUUCGGCUAUUUAAUCCGUUUUCACCUCCGAUCAGCUGGGGAAACCGUACUGCACCUCUGCGUCAGGCAGAGUGGGAAGCGAUUCAAGAAGAGAAACGUCGAGAAGAAGAACGGGAGCGAGAGGAACAACGCGAACAGCUUUUACAACAGAAAAAGGAAUCUUUAGGACGCGUGCGCGUGGCUGAUGGAGAAGCUGCUGUUACGCCCUUGUCGGAUAGUUGGGAGCAACAGUUAGAUGCAGUCAUGUCAGGCCCGGCACAACGCAUUCUCGUCUCGACGUUGGAGGGUGCUGAAUUAACGGCACAGAAACUAGAGACUUGCUACACUCCCAUGGCUUGGCUCAACGAUGAGGUUGUUAACGGCCAUCUUGCCCUCAUCGUUGACUACCUUCGUCGAGCAGCCGACAAUCUUGGACGCAACGCUCAGCCGAAAUACUACGCGUUCAACAGCUUUUUCUACAAGAAAUUGCGUGAGGGGGGACAUGAAUCUGUAAAACGUUGGACGCGACGUGCGAAAAUCCAAGGAAAAGCACUUCUUGACGUGGAAACACUCUUCAUCCCUGUACACGAGCAGGCUCACUGGACAUUACUCGUUUUGCGUCCAAGGACCAGGACAAUCGAAUACUUUGACUCCUUAUACUCAGAUCCAGACCCCUUCAUCAACAAUGCGAAAAAAUGGCUGAAAGGCGAACUGGGAGAGUUAUACGAUGAAGAGGAGUGGUAUGUUUUGAACUCGCCUUCUCCGCAACAGAAUAACGGCAGUGACUGCGGAGUCUUUCUACUUACUACAGCCAAGGCGAUAGCUCUUGGUUUGGAGCCCACGGUAUACGGGCCAUCCGACAUCUCACUCAUUCGGAGGAAGAUUGUCGCAGAGCUUCUAAAUGGGGGGCUCAAGGGGGAUUUUGAACCAGUAGGCGACGCUGGUAAAAAGCGAUUGUGA